AUGCGCCCAGGCUCCCGCAGCUUGCCUCCGCUCGCGCUUUGUCAGAACCGGGAGGAGGUGACCUUUGCCGCCUGGAUGGAACCAAGCUCUUCCCCGGGGCUCAGCUUCCAAACAGCUGGUGUUGAGCGCUUGCUCAGCGGCCAGAAGACGCCCUCGGCCAGGUGCACAGGGACCAGGAAGUCUGCAGACGCACCCCGCGCUCCCGGCUCCCCGACGGCGUUCUCGGUUGCGGCCGCACCCGGCCGCCCCGAGGACCACGCGCCUUUCGGCGCCCCAGCAUCCCCGUCGCCGCCGGCCUUAGACCCGGUUCGGGAGGUCCCCGACUCUCCGCCCGGGCGCCCCGAAGAGCACGCGCCCCCGCAGUCCGCGCCCCCGUCGCUAAACGCCGCCCUUAUGCAGACCCUGGGGCAUCUGGGCGACAUCGUGGCCAUCUUGGGCCCGCUGCGCGAUCAGCUGCUGACCCUGAACCAGCACGUGGAGCAGCUGCGCGGUUCCUUCGACCAGACCGUGUCCCUGGCCGUCGGCUUCAUCUUAGGCAGUGCCGCCGCCGAGCGAGGCGUCCUGUCCGAACCGCGAGAGACCCUACGCCUCGCCCCCACGGCUAUGUCUCCCUCCUCUACCCUGCACUGUGGCUUUGCGCCGUCCAGCUUUGGCUCCGUGGACUGGCUUUCCCGGAGCAGCCACGUGGGGCCAGCACACACCGUCAGGCCCGCUGACGUCUCCUGGAGGAGCCUGUCUGCUCCAGCCAAGGUGUCCAGCAGCGGGGACCUCCCUCAGCCUGUGGGCCUGGAGGAAAUGAAGCCCUCGGAAGUGUCUGCAGCUGGUAGUGCUGUCUGUCCUUUCUCAGGGCUGAGCAAGGAGGCCGACAGCACGCGGACGCCCCGGGUCCGCACGGCCUUCACGGCCCAGCAGGUCAGCACCCUGGAGAGCGCCUUCCAACAGCACCGCUACCUGGGCCCCCUGGAGCGCCGGAGGCUGGCCCAGGAGAUGCGGCUCUCCGAAGUGCAGAUAAAAACCUGGUUUCAGAACCGCCGGAUGAAACACAAACGCCAACUGCAGGACUCACAGCUGAGCAGCCCCUUCUCUGGAGCACUCCAUACGCCAGUGGCUUUCCGCCCACCACCUUCUGCCCUGGCCAGUAGCUUGCAGCUGCUGUACCCUUGGGCAUCCCUGCUUGGGCCUCCAGCUCUGGGACAGCCCCCUGGCUCCUUUUGGGAUCUCUGCCAAGUGGAACAAGCCUCCCUGGCCUUGACGUGGGCCUCAUGCAGUAGACAGCCUCCAGUGUGCUGCCUCCCAGACCCGGGGGUCCAGGUGCCCACCCUGGGCCCAGCUUUGCCCAGGAGUCCCUGGGGCCUGUGUGCCUUGCCCCAAACUGGGGACGCCUUUUGAGGAAGCAUGGUGGCCCCAAAGCCUGCAGCUGGAGCGUGUCGGAUGCUGUCACCCCCACACAGAGUCGGUGUGUGUAGGGCUGUGCCCGGCAUCUUCCUGGAGAGACACUCACCAGUUAUUGAUGUCACCGUGGCAUCUGGUGUGAGCCUUGUGUCUCCCACAGGUGGGACCUGGAACCCUGACCCUCCUUAAAACCUGUUAACAGCUGUUACCUCGUUGAAAACUACUGCCGGCUCAGUUUAGGAACUGAUGAGUGAGCCAACAGAAUCCGAUGCCAAAAGUGGACUCGCUAAGUGUUGGGCUUGUGGCAUAUGACAAAGUGGUAAUUUAUUCAACAUAAAGUGUGGAAGAAUUAAGAUGGGCACCUGGCUGCCUCAGUCGGCGGAGCCUACGACUC